AUGCAGGCCCAGCUUGCCGCGCUGGAGGCAAAAGUCAAAUCCUUGGAGUCCGAGCUGCAUUCUGCCAAAGCUCACUGUGCAAUGGCGCUGAGCGAGGUGGGCUUGAUGAAGAAACAACUCAAUAAGCGCCAAAAAAAGACACGGGCGAGGAAUAUCAACGCACGAUGGUUGACGUCUGCGGAGGGACUGCGGCAGUGUGAGGAACAGGAUGUGGCGAGGGAGGCCAAGGCUCAGAAGAAAGCAGAAGCGGCGGCGCGGAAAGCAUCGAGGCAGGCGAGUAGGCUGGCUCGACAGGCUAUGCAGGGAUCAGACAUCUGUUUCACCGGUGCUCUUUCUGCGAAGAGCAAGGAAGAUCUUAUUGACAUCGUGAAUCAGCUGACGAUCGAGACAACAGGCACCAAGGCUGAGUUGUUGAAGGCUAUCAGAGAGUACUUUGAUUCACACGCCAAUCUCAAAAAUGAUGCGCGAUUCGAGGGUCUCUUUAACGGCCGUUCACGCAGACAGAAGCGGCCACUCCAAGUUGCCAAUAUCACGGAGAACGAGGAAAACAUUCCUCCACCAACAAACCGUCAACGCAUCAAUCCAUCGUUUCCCCCCUCAAUCGAGUCUGCAUCUUUUGCGUCACAUAAUAGGUUAUACCCGCCAAUGCAAUUUAAUUCGAGCAACUACCCAUCUUCCAGUACAAUACCACCACCACUUUAUCCACAAGCAUCUUACUCGUACUAUAGUCACCCAUAA